AUGUACGGCGGCGGCACGGGCCCCGCGUCGGGCACCUGCGCGACGACGUGCACGCCCGCGCCGAGCCAGGUCGAGAUGAUGCUCAAGGCGACGGACGGCCUGCCGCUCAAUUUCGGGUUCUCGGGCAAGGGCAACGCGAGCGACCCGGCGGGGCUCCGCGAGGUCGUCGAGGCCGGCGCCGCGGGCUUCAAGCUCCACGAGGACUGGGGCACGACGCCCGCGGCCAUCGACGCGUGCCUCACCUUCGCGGACGAGCACGACGUCGCCGUCACGAUCCACACGGACACGCUCAACGAGUCCGGCUUCGUCGACGACAGCCUCGGGGCCAUCAAGGGCCGCACGAUCCACACCUACCACAGCGAGGGCGCCGGCGGCGGCCACGCGCCGGACAUCAUCAAGGUCUGCGGCGAGCCCCACGUCCUGCCGAGCUCGACGAACCCGACGCGGCCCUUCACGGUCAACACCAUCGACGAGCACCUCGACAUGCUCAUGGUCUGCCACCACCUCGACAAGUCCAUCCCCGAGGACGUCGCAUUCGCCGAGUCGCGCAUCCGCGGCGAGACCAUCGCCGCCGAGGACAUCCUCCACGACAUGGGCGCCAUCUCCAUCAUCUCCAGCGACUCCCAGGCCAUGGGCCGCAUCGGCGAGGUCAUCACGCGCACGUGGCAGACCGCGGACAAGAUGAAGCGCCAGCGCGGCCCGCUCCCCGAGGACGCGGACGCCGGCGACGACAACACGCGCGUCAAGCGCUACGUCGCCAAGUACACGAUCAACCCGGCCAUCGCCCACGGCAUGGCCGACCACGUCGGCAGCCUCGAGGUCGGCAAGCUCGCGGACAUCGUCCUCUGGAAGCCGAGCCACUUCGGCGCCAAGCCCGAGAUGGUCGUCAAGGGCGGCACGAUCGCCUGGGCCCAGAUGGGCGACCCCAACGCGUCCAUCCCGACGCCCCAGCCCGUCAAGAUGCGCCCCAUGUUCGGCGCCCUCUCCCCGACGGCCGUCGGCGACACGUCGCUCGCCUUCGUGAGCGCCGCCGCCCACGGGCGCGGCGUCCGCGAGGCCUACGGCCUCAACAAGCAGACGGCGCCGGUCCGCGGCACGCGGACCGUCGCGAAGAAGGACAUGGUCCUCAACGACGCGACGCCGACCAUCACCGUCGACCCGGAGACCUUCGAGGUCACGGCGGACGGCGAGAGCCUCACCUGCGACCCCGCGACGACCGUGCCCCUCGCGUCGAGCUACUUCCUCUUCUAGGUUUGUGCGCGCGC